UACGAAGAAUAUCAACUUUUUCAUUGAAUUCCUCCCUUUUUACCUACUUUCGUACUAACCACUUUCGUCAUUCACACAGGGCAUUUAGUGCUCUUGCCAAAGGGCUUUCAGCUCCCACGACCCCCCUGGUGUUCAGUCCAUUCAUGCCAGGGACCUGUGGACUAGUACGAUAUCCACAGCGAUGUUCUGGGCCGAAGGUUAAGAUUAAUGCUAUUAUGGGGCAGGACUUUUUUAGCGAUCGUUGAUAUCGUAGAAUACGGUAAUUCUGGUGGCAUGUCGGUCAAGUGGACCUAGGACCUGUAUUGUAUCAUCCUAAGAUAUAUAGUAUUCCGAGGCUACGGUCCGGUCUCACCUUGCCACCCAACUAUCGUAGCAUAACCACCCAACCUAUCAUGCGUAGUGCGCGAUGGGUAGACUGAUAAACAAGGUUUAACUCUGAAUUACGGUCCGACUCGCCCGCAAUGCGCCUACCGAGUGCAUAUGUGACCAAAUUCGACGGGCAUAGACAUGGAGACACAUACCCUGAGUGCAAACCACCAAUUCCCCAAGAGGCACAGAGCCAGCAUGUGGAUUAACCGCUGGUACUGUACUGGGGUGGCGAGAAAGGCACUUUGGGACAAGAUAGGAUGGUGCUGUAUUGUGCAUCCAUGCACCAAGAGAUGCUGCAACUGUAGGUAAAUUUAUGAUAGAUACAGGUAUGUAAAGCACAACAAAAAUUCACAGAAAUAACAGAUAAUAAUCAAAAGAAAAUCCCAAAGCUCCGAAUUCGCUAUGGUGGUAGGUAAGUUGACAUCAAAACUAAAGUAAAUUCAUGACAGACAAAAACUCUCAUGAGACCAACACCGAGUGACAUGCCAUGUAUUCAUCUUCACAUAAGGUUUUCGUUCAUUCAAUAACUCAAGCCCUCGUCAAAUCCAUAACUUCGACAUCCGCCCACCCACCCCCACCAACAUCUAAGGCCUCGUCGUCAACAAAUUUCCAAGACCCUUCAACGCUAGUCCUCAACACAACUUUCUUGGUCCCCCUACGAUUCACGACAAUCUUUUUCUCAUUCUUACCCCCCAACAGCAACAGUGGGGGACAAGCCCUCCGAUCAGGUACUUCGCUCUCACCCUCGGAAUCGCUAAUAUCCACAAUACUCACUAGUGUCUUCCCCUUACUAGUAUUCUUUCUUUUCUCCGUAGAACCACAACGCUGGCCCACCCUCCUUCGAGGAACGGUUUCGGAUUCCGGUGAUGAGGGGAGAGAAAUGCUGAUCCUCUCAUCCGGCGAUGGAACCACCACCGCGGGAGAAACGGCCCGUGGAGUGGCCGCUACUCCGUAGAUACCUAGUGCAGAGUAUCUACGCCCCCGUGGUGGCGAUAACGCAACUGUUUCGCAGGGCCAUGCGGGAGCGGUCCAGAUGUUUUCUUGCUCCUGACUGGUCUCCUGUUCGCGUGGGGGUGGGUGGUUGUUCUGAGUUGAGGGGUUGGAAGUUAGCGGCUGUCUACAGAGACUCCGUUUAAGUGUUGGUGAAGGAGCAGGCGACGAUACGGGAUCUGCAGGUGUGUCGUCAUCUUCGAGGAUCUGAAGGGCCGAGAGGUAGGAAGUUAGUGAUGCGAGGCCUACUGAGGCUUCUUUCUGGGUAUAUCGCGUGGGGGAAGAGGAAGAGCGGGAUCCUUGGAGGUGUUUGGACGGGGUUGGUUGUCGCUUGCUGGGCUUGGAGAUCGUAAGGUAUUCUAGCAUCGUGUCCAUGGCCUCUACCGGCUUGUCUUUAGACUUUGUCGGACGGGGUUUCUUAGUAGUGGCCGUGGUCGUCUUUCUGGCUUUUGGCUUUGGGUUUUCAUAAUCUUCCACCAUAUCUGGGACGCCCUGGCGGGCGAACACUUCAAGUACCCACAUUCGCUCCGGGGUGUAUGGGUCGUAGUCUUUUGUUUUACGAGAACCAUCUUCGCCGUCUUGGGUGAGUUCAUCGUCGUCGUCAGGUUGCACCUCUACAUCGUCAUCGGCUUCGGCGUCCAUGUUGACUUUGACAACGUUUCCUGGGAUGAAU